UGCAAAUCGGUGAAGCCGAACCAGGAAGAGCAAAGCACAUCGCUCAGGCAGCCACCGUCCUCUCUCUCUCUCGCUUUCUCUCUACUCCCCUGCUCUCCCCCAGUACGGAGAUCAGUUCAGCCAUCACACCAGUCCAUAACUAUUUCGACGCAUCUCCAGGCACAGUAUGACGGAGUGUGCCCAGUGGUGCAGCAUGUGAUGAUCCACGCUCGGAACGAAGGUUCCCUCAGCCAGAGCCGCAGCACAGGGAGGCGGGAACACUGCCCCCAUAGGCCACAUGGUGAGAUCAUGGGUGGGGCCUGGCUUGAGCGCACGCUGCGAUUCGGCAGGACCUUGAAGAAGCGUAGGACCAAGCGAGGAAGGGGAGGGGUUAAAGAGAUGAGGGAGAAGACGCCGGAACGGAAUAGGAGGCGGGGCAGGAAAUCAUAUCCCUUACGAGGAAGGGGAGGGUCUUCGGAGGAAGAGGGACUUAGCUGUCACGUUUUACUCACCCGGUUGGAGGAGGACAUCCGGGAGCAGGAGGACACCAAUGAGAGGGGGAAUGAUUUGCCUACCCAACCGCUGGUUAAGCCUGAAUCCCGGAUCAAUAAACUGAGCAAAGGAAAAGGCAAAGCCAAGGGGAAACUCCUGGCGAAGAAGAUGAUUCCCAAAAUGAUAUCCAAAACCACCAGUGAUGUGCAGGAGUCGCCGUUUCCAGAGCCGCGUAAGCGACGGCUAGCUUCUCUCAACGCUGAGGCGGUGAACAGUCUACUGUUGGAGAGACCCAACGAGACCAGGUCGGCUGGCAAACAGGCCAGGAGACAGCAGGAGGAGCCCUCCAGCGGUGAGUCAACCCUGGGGACAGAUCCAGCUAGGGGCGGGGUGGCCAGAGGUCCUAAAGCUCAAAGAGCCAGCAGCAGCAAGGCCUCCAUAUUGCACAAGCCUGAACUGUGCCGACGCUCCAAAAAGGCCAAGAAAGUCUCCAAGAAACUGACCAAACCAGAUAGAGGAGAGAAGAAAGAGACUGCGAUGAUGACUCUACAGAUGUUACACACCCCUGCUCCUCGACGGCUAGCCGGACUCAACGCUGCCGCGCUGCUYAAGUUAACGAGCACCUCCGCAACUAGCAAACAGCGAGUGAAACCAACAUCGACUACGACGACCGACUGCAAGACCACGAGCGCCGCAUCAGUUGAUGUGAAGCAGAAGCAACCGCGACUGAAUCUUAAACAGUGCGGCCGCCAGCCUAAGCAGAAGGGAAGGAAGUUGAUUCCAGAACAGGGAGGCUGUUCAGCCUGCAAGAAGUCCAACUUUGAGGCAAAAGUGGAGUGGGAGACUGGAGGUUGCACCCACCGGCUAACCAAACCAGGCUACCAGUCGCGCAGCAUGCUAGCCUACCCGCUGAAGCCUGUCGUCAAAGAGGAGCAGGUUGAGGCAGAGCUGAGCCCGUACUACUGCUGCCCCCCAGAGGGCUCUGUGGAGUACUGCCACCGCCUAGCAUUGUUCCUGGGUCAGAAGGCCUAUGCUGACUCAGAAGAACAACCUUUAAACUCUGCAAUGACCCCUAUGAAGCGGGAGUGCCUGGUGACAUCGCCGUCCGUGGCCCACCCCCACUCCCACGCAGCCCUGACCCUCAGCCCCCACCCCUGCCUCUGCACCGCCGACCCCGCCUGCUUCUCCAGCUACUACGUCCACAUCGCACACCCCGGAGCUCCGUCGACCACCCUCAGCUCGCGACCUCUGAACUUUGGCCCCUCGACAAUGUGUCCCGGCAGGGUGUCUGGGUCCAAGCUGCUGGGUCCUCCGGUGUCCCAUGCCUCGACACUGGCCCACCCUGCUUUCUGUGGCUCAGUGGGCUCGCCCUACUACAGCAAGGCCUGCCGUGUCAGCGGCUACACCUACAGAGCCAUGCAGCCGGUCAACAGCAGGGGGUGCACUUUCUCCACAGGCUGCUCCGAGUUUACACACGGCAUCAAGACAGAGUGUUACUCCUCCCCCAAAGGCGACCACAGCCCCUCCCUCCUGGUCUCCCCCUCCCUCCCACUCUCGGNCCCUCCCUCCCACUCUCGGGCUGCCCCCUCCACACCACCCCCUCCUCCACCCAGGCCAAGCCCCAUCGCCUCACCCCCCUGUCUGACCACAGAGUGCCCCAUGCUAGACUGA